AUGUGGUACUCAUUGAUAACAGCUAUGAUAACCUUAACUAGCUGUAUUCUAUCAAUAACAGCAUGUAAAAUUAAAGUAAAAAUGGAGUCGCAAACAAAUGAACCAUUUCAAAUGCAAAUUUAUGUACCAGCAAUCAAAAUGAAAACCGAACGCGUGACAUUUACAAAAAAAAAUGAAAUUCGUACCGCUUUGGUUAAAGGUGAAAAUUGUGAUCAGAAGCAUUGGAUCAUUAAAACAUGGAAGAAAAUAGAUAACAAAUGGAUUCCAGCAAAAGAAUCUAAGGCAAAAUUUGAAGGAGAUGGUUCUUUCGCGAUAUCUGUCAAAGAUGAUCUAUCACCGAAAAUAAACAAUCGUUUCGCUGUUUUAUGUUCAGAAGGCAGUUGCUAA